CUGAGCGUCGCUCGCUCCCGCGCCGGGCUCGAUCGCCUCUCCGUCAUCGCUGACAUUAUUAUUAUUUUUAAUUUCCACUUUCUUCGCAACGACAAGGUUUUCCCGAGUGAAAACUACUUGCACACCGCUCAUCACGACCGCACGGCGAAAGGAUCUUGGGUUUUUUUCUUCUUCUUUUUUGUCCAGUAAAAAAAGAAAUGUAACAGCGCGUUUGAUUUUGUUUUCGAUUUUUCUUUCAUCUUGACUGUUUUUAUUUUGUGUGCGUGUGAAAGCUGGGAAUCAUCUUGAGGCGAGAGGAGGCUGUUUGAAGACAUUUGGGAGCUGGACUGCAGAGACUAAACACCAUGUUGUCCUCGGACGAGCCCCUGGACCUGAAGCUUCCCUCGGGACGGACGCGUUGUCCCGUCCGACUGGGCAAGAGGAGCUCGUCGUCCAUCUGCGCCCCGCUCGGCAUCCACCCGCGACCGCGUCUGAUUUACACCACUUUCCCGUCGCCGCCUUCCUCCCCAGACUCGCAGUCCCCGUGUCACGAGCGACCCGGAUCCUGCUUCACCCCCCCGGCCAUGGACCUCAGCCUGUCGCCUUCCUCCCGACACGCCUCCUCCCUCUCCCCCUCUCCGUCAUCCCCCUCCCCGUCGUCCCCUCCCUCGCCUCUGGAGUCCCCCCACAACAGCAGGAGCGGCGGAAGCCCUCGGCCGCAGCCCUUCUUCCGUGAGGCAACGCUCCACGGAAGAGUGGAGGGCGACGGGUCACCCCAGCGCUAUCCUUUCUACCUGCCCAUCGCGAGCCCACCCGUCGGCUACGGCUUUCCGUCUGCCGUUUUCAACGGACAAAAGAGUGACGCCCGAGUCUCACCCGAGCCCUCAUUGGACGCGCAACUCGCGUGCCGCUGGACGAAGUGCCACUUGCUGUUUGAAUCGCUGCAGGACUUGGUGGACCACAUCAACGACGCCCACGUCAAGCCGGAAAAGGACUCGGGCUACUGCUGCAAGUGGCAAGGCUGCGCUCGCAACGGGCGGGGCUUCAACGCCAGGUACAAAAUGCUGAUCCACAUCCGCACGCACACCAACGAGAAGCCGCAUCACUGCCCCACCUGCAGCAAGAGUUUUUCCCGUCUGGAGAACCUGAAAAUCCACACCCGCUCACACACAGGAGAGAAACCCUACAUCUGCCCAUACGAGGGCUGCAGCAAGCGCUACUCCAACUCCAGCGACCGCUUCAAGCACACCCGCACGCACUACGUGGACAAGCCCUACUGCUGCAAGAUGGCCGGCUGCCUGAAGCGCUACACCGACCCCAGCUCGCUGCGCAAGCACAUCAAGGCCCACGGGCACUUCGUCAGCCAGGAGCAAGGCGCCGGCCCAAAGCCGGGUCCCCUCGGUGACCGGAGCGCGGCCGACCUCCCCUCCAGGGGCGGGGCCGGGCUCAUCCACCUGGGCGGCCUGGGGGCGACGCUGCCCCUGUCGGCGCUGUGCCGCCCCCGCGGGCCGCUCUUCUCCGUGGCAGGAAGGGGAGCCCUGGCGCCGCUGGGCCUCGCGGAAUCGCCCCUUUUUCACUUCGGACUUUCGGCGGCGUCCAUGCUGGGGCUGAGCGCUCUGGGAAGGCUCAGCCGCGCCGAGGCCGAGGGCGACGACGGAGGCGCCGAGCCCGAGGUGGGGGUUCUAAACCUGUCGGCCGGGGUCGCGCCCAGGAGGAGGGAUCCCAUGUCCUGGGUGGUCGUCCCCCCCAGGGCUAUCCUGCUCAAACCAGCUGUUGUCAGCUAAGACGGGGGGGGGGGGCUUAGUUUCGGUUGGCGAGAGGAGGUCUCGUGUGGUAUUAUUAAAUCGCUGCCUUUUAAUUGUUGACCCUGUGGGGCAGCGCUGAUACUUCUAAGAAGUUUAAUAUUCACCCAAUCAAAUGACAAAAUGUUUCACUUGUGUGUAAUAAGCGAGUUCUAAUGUUAUUACACAUUUGAGGAACGAGCCAUUCAUGUAACGGACAGCGAUCCCUCGCUAGAAAUGGAUGAUCUACGUGGGGGACUGAACUCAGAACGAAAGAGCGAUUUUUUUUUUGUAAUUGCUGACGGAUGCCACGGCGCUAUUAAACGAAACUCCUCCAUUCAGUUCAACAUUGUUGCUUGGCAACAAGAUGCCGCCGGGGCACCCAAGCACAAAAAGCAGGGAAUGGGGGAGUUUUUUUUCCCCCCACUAAAUAACUAAAAGGUACUCUAGAUCCCCCCCCCUCCAAAAAAUAGAAAAUAAAAUCCACAAAUUGGUAAAACUACAAACGACAAACUGCGAAAAAGCAGCACAUGGGUGAAAAAAACUCCGUAAAAAAUAUCAGCCCAAAUGUGAUACGGAUGCAUUCAGAAGUAGACAGAAAUUGUGGUGCUGCCCCCACCCCCGACAUAUUGGUUUUUUGUUUUUUUUUGGGGGGGGGGGCAAAACUACAUUGAAAUAUUCACGGAUGACGAUGACAAUCAUUAAAGCCGCAAGCACCAUAUUCGUGGCGAAUGACAAAAAUGACAAUCAAACUUUGACCCCCCCCGUGCCCUCCCCCACGUUUACACGGUUUAGCUUUGCAAUCCAGCAAAUCCGCCGAGUCUACCUUGCUUUCCGAUUGGGGCUCAUUUCGGUGAAUCCCGUCCAACCCUGGAAUUUGCGCAAAUGGCUGCUUCCUGGUUCUUUGAGACUUUUCCUUUCUUGUGCCUCAAAGUUCUGAUCUGUCCGCCCGAUGUGGUCUUGAUCAAUGCUACAGGUUUCGAGGGCUCAUUUUGGGGACGUAAAUGACGCGAUCACCAGGAUGCAGGAAAAAAGAUGAGUUUUUUAUGAGUGCGUGUCGGGCCAAUUCAUUCAUCGGAAAAUUAGGACCGCAACUUUAUCGUUUGUAUUAAUGAGCGUCUGUAUCGUGGUGUAUUAACCUUUAACGUGACAUUUAUGUGAACCGCCUCCGCGAGGGGACUUAAAAAGUCAUUCCGGGCGAGGAACGAGCCAGCGUUCAAAAUCUUCUUGCAAUUAUCGUGCACUUUUAUUGCGAAACAGAAAUAUAAACGGAGGAUGAGAGCUUCCGAAGUCUUCAUCCCGACGUCUCGUAGUGGACAAUCGACGGCCUUUUCGCGUAUGACAAACCUCGCGGGCGCUUCCGCUCGGCCCCCGUAUUUCAAAUUUUCAACGAAAUUGGGGGGCACGGAGCGGAAUUGCCGCACGGGGCGCAACGAGAGAA